AUGUUGGACAGGGAGGAGGCGAUGGAGAAGCUAGAAGAUGAGGAUGAAAACGGUGAUGGAAAAGUGACCUUUGCAGAAAUCUUGCAGAAGCAGUAUGGAUACACAGAGGAGGAUCUGGCAGAUGUACAGAAGGAAGAGGAAGAAGAUGAAGGUGGUUCUAAUGUGUUUCAGCUCAUAACAGAUGACAAGAAUCGUUUCACUGCUGCAGACGUCAACAAAGAUGGUUUUCUGGCUGAGGAAGAAUACAUUGCAUACUUCCAACCGUAUGAUUUCCCACAUAUGUAUGAGGUAGAGAUGGAAAGGGCCAUGAAGGACCUAGAUAAGGAUGGUGAUGGAUUUAUCUCCAUCCAAGAAUUUAUUGGAGAAAACCUGGACGAAGAAACCCGACUAUCUGAGAUGACUAAUUUUGAGGAGCUGGACAAGGAUAAAGAUGGCAAGUUAACUCCUGUAGAACUUCGGCCGUGGGCUCUACCGGACAACAGUGAAGCUGCGGACGAGGAGGUGGAUCAUUUGGUGACCUUGUGUGAUGCAGAUAAAGAUGGACAUCUGUCAAUUGAUGAAAUUGUCGCUAAAGAAGAUGAGUUUCUUCGAAGCACUGCAACCGAUUAUGGGCGCACGUUACAUUUUGUUAAAGAUGAACUUUAA